AUGCCGGGCCCUGGGGCGGCCGCGCUGGCCCGGGCGCUGCUGGCCUGGGCGCUGCUGGCCCCCGCGCCCACCCUGCCGCAGACCCCGGCCCCCGGGCAGCGGAAGGUGCGGGAGAAGGAAGCCAGCUUCAACACCACCUACGCCGACUGGGUGGACUCCGAGCUGCUCAACAUCUACGCCUUCAACCACAGCGUCCAGAGGAACAAGACGGAGGGGGUGCGGGUGUCGGUCAACGUCCUGUCCGACCACAACGACCUGCCCGUGCUCUUCGUGGUGAGGCAGAAGGAGGCCGUGGUCUCCUUCCAGGUGCCGCUCAUCCUCCGGGGGCUGUACCAGCGGAAGUACGCGUACCAGGAGGUGAGCCGCACGCUCUGCCAGCCCCAGACCAAGGGGGAGGUGGAGACCCAACACUUCUACGUGGACGUCUCCACGCUCUCCGUCAACACCUCCUACCAGCUGCGGGUCACCCGCGUGGAGAACUUCACCCUGAAGACCAACCAAAGGUUCAGCUUCAACGCCACGGCUGCCCAGCCCCAGUAUUUCAAGUAUGAGUUCACCGAGGGAGUGGACUCAGUGAUUGUGAAGGUGACCUCGGCCAUGGCGUUCCCCUGCUCUGUCAUCUCCAUCCAGGACAUCCUGUGCCCCGUCUACGACCUGGACAACAAUGUGGCCUUCAUCGGGAUGUACCAGACCAUGACCAAGAAGGCAGCCAUCACUGUGCAGAAAAAGGAUUUCCCCAGCAACAGCUUCUACGUCGUGGUAGUGGUGAAGACAGAGGAUGAGGCAUGUGGGGGGGCUCUGCCCUACUAUCCCGUCGCCAAAAACAGUUCCCCAGACACACCUGUAGAUCAGCACGACCGGCAGAAGAUGCUGGAGGUGAUGGUGUCACCAGCCAUAACCUCGGAGGCCUAUGUGAGCAGUGUGCUCUUCUGCCUUGGCAUCUUCCUCUCCUUCUAUGUCCUGACGCUGCUCAUCGCCUGCUGGGAGAGCUGCCGGCAGCAGAAGAGGAAGGGGCUCCUGGCAGCCAUGGACUCGCCCAGCCUGGACACGGCAUCUCUACUGGGGCACACCCGCAGCAUCCCUGACGUCUUCCUGGGCCACUCUCCCUACGACAGCUACGGUUACGGCUCCUUUGGGAAUGGCUCCUCCAGCAGCGCCGAGGGCCUCACCGACAGCCUGGCCUCCUCCGAAGUGCCCUAUGGCUACGUGGGGCAGGAGCAGUUCAAGCGGCGCACGCCCUCCACCCUGAUGAGGCCGCUGAGCAUUGCCAUGGGGGAGCGGUCGCUGGAGAACGUGGCCAGCCGGCCCCGCCUGGACUCGCUCAGCUCUGUGGAGGAGGAUGACUACGACACGCUGGCUGACAUUGACUAUGACAAGAACGUCAUCCGCACCAAGCAAUACCUCUGUGUGGCUGACCUGGCCCGCAAGGACAAGCGGGUGCUGCGGAAGAAGUAUCAGAUCUACUUCUGGAACAUCGCCACCAUCGCUGUCUUCUAUGCCCUCCCGGUCAUCCAGCUGGUCAUCACCUACCAGACAGUGGUGAACGUCACCGGCAACCAGGACAUCUGCUACUACAACUUCCUGUGCGCUCACCCGCUGGGGAACCUCAGCGCCUUCAACAACAUCCUCAGCAACCUGGGCUACGUCCUGCUGGGCCUCCUCUUCCUCCUCAUCAUCCUCCAGCGGGAGAUCAACUACAACCGGGCGCUCAUGCGCAACGAUACCCACGCUCUGGAAUGUGGCAUCCCCAAGCACUUCGGGCUUUUCUAUGCCAUGGGCACAGCGCUGAUGAUGGAGGGGCUGCUCAGCGCCUGCUACCACGUCUGCCCCAACUACACCAACUUCCAGUUUGACACCUCCUUCAUGUACAUGAUUGCUGGGCUUUGCAUGCUGAAGCUCUACCAGAAGCGUCACCCAGACAUCAACGCCAGCGCCUACAGCGCCUACGCCUGCCUGGCUCUUGUCAUCUUCUUCUCUGUCGUCGGGGUGGUCUUUGGCAAGGGGAACACAGCCUUCUGGAUCGUCUUCUCCGUCAUCCACAUCGUGGCCACCCUGCUGCUCAGCACCCAGCUCUACUACAUGGGGCGCUGGAAGCUGGACUCGGGCAUCCCACGCCGGAUCCUGCACGUGCUGUACACGGACUGCGUGCGGCAGUGCAGCGGGCCCAUGUACGUGGACCGGAUGGUGCUCUUGGUCAUGGGAAACAUCAUCAACUGGUCGCUCGCUGCCUACGGCCUCAUCGUCCGCCCCAAUGACUUUGCUUCCUACCUGCUGGCCAUUGGCAUCUGCAACCUCCUCCUCUACUUUGCCUUCUACAUCAUCAUGAAGCUCCGCAGUGGCGAGCGCAUCAAACUCAUCCCCUUGCUCUGCAUCAUCAGCACCUCGGUGGUCUGGGGCUUCGCCCUCUUCUUCUUCUUCCAGGGGCUCAGCACUUGGCAGAAAACGCCGGCUGAGUCCCGGGAGCACAACCGCGACUGCAUCCUGCUGGACUUCUUUGAUGACCACGACAUCUGGCACUUCCUCUCCUCCAUCGCCAUGUUUGGCUCCUUCCUGGUGCUGCUGACGCUGGACGAUGACCUGGACUGUGUCCAGCGGGACAAGAUCUACGUCUUCUAGGAGCUGGUGGCCGCCCACUGCCCUGGGCCUGUGCCAAACCCCGGCCUCAACCCCCGGGGGAGGGAUGCUGGGGCUGCGGGGGUCCCACCGGCUGCUCCAUCCCC